UCGUCAGGAACUGAACUUGCUCAAAAAAAGUUAUGAUCCACCAUACGUUCCUAGAAUCUGUCGACUGACUACAGUUGUAAUUGUUGUGUUGUAGAACGUGUUGGUGUCGACCGACGAUGGUCGAGGGAAGAAAACCGAUGCUCCCUCAUCUCCUUCCGGUCCCGACCAGAAGUCAUUUAGCGAAGGUCAAGGUCCCAAAAUGGACACUGGAGAUCAUGAAAAGCCAUCUCCACCUAUGCGUGGUCCUAAUGAUGAAAUAGAUCGUGAGAACAUCAAAGGCGAAGCUCCUGAACAUCCAUUAGAGGAGAAGGAUAAGUCUCCGGAACAUCCCCCACCUACAGCUCCGGUACUUUCGCCAUCUCCAGAAGUAGAACGGGCAUCAUCACCGCCGCCGAAAGAAAAAGAACCCAUCCCAUCUCAGGAGCCUGAGCCGAAGCAUGACGAGCCCAAACCAGAUGAUGCGCAUGAACCUCAUGAUGAAUCAGGAGACAGCAAACCUCCGGUCUUAAAACCGGAAAGUCCUGCACCUGCUCACGAUGACGUUCCUUUACCUUCACCUAAAGGCGAAAGUCCGUCACCUAAGCCUGCAUCACCAGAGCAUAAACUUGAGCCGAAACACGAUGAGCCUGUCCCUGAUCAUCCA